CUGAGUCGGUAAAUGCCAUUCGGUUGUGUUGUGAGGUUGUGAAAAAGUAUUGAGGUUUUGGAAAAGUGUCUUGCAUUAGAAAUGUAAAGAAAAUAUCUAUUGUAUUUAUUUUGUUGUAAGGAUGGAAACAAAAAAUAUUAGUUUAUACUACGAAAAGUUGCAUUAUUCUUAUGAUAUGCGUGUGUGCUAAGUGAAACCCAAUGGCUUCCAUUUUGCUUCAUUUAAUAAAAAAGUGUGUGUGCAAUGAAUUUGCAGUGCCUGAAAAAAGAAUGAGAGCAAAAUUUUGAAGAAAAUAAUAAAGAGAAGAGGGGAGAAAAAGCUAUAUUUCAAAAAGCUUUUAGUUCACUACACUCUGCAAACAAUAGCUGAAGUGCUUUUCAACAUCAACAUCAUCUAUAACUCGCUGUUGGUGUAACCCAUAACAAAAGUCCGGAUAAUGGUUUCUGCCACGACUAGAUAGCCAAUAGAACAGUAAGCAAAGAUGUCCUAUUUGAUAUCUUGGUAACAUCUUGAAACACCUUCACAAGUUUACCUGUAAAAGUAGAACAAAUUUUCACCAAAUACGGAAUAAACUGUCAAACGUAUAAAGAUAUUGUUCAUAAAGGCAUUUAAGUGCUUGCAACUACACUGCUGUUAUAAUCGAAAAUUUGUUAAAAAGUCAAUUGAAGCGUAACUCCAUCAUAAUGAUGUCACUUAAAGUUCACAAACUAUGCGUAGCUGUGUUGAUGCUAAUGCUGGUGAUUGUUUGCUGUAAGCCUCUGGAUACCGAAGCGGGUCGUGUUAUCUUUUAUGGGCCACAACGCAUCUAUACGGGACAGAUUCUAUCAACGCAUCCCAAAAAGGAACCCUGUCCGAAAUGUCAAAUGAGAGAUCAUCGUGGUCGUUGUCGGCGCAUUGUAACUUUUAAUCCAGAAGAUAAAUGUUGAACACAUUCUUCGUUUUGCAAUGUCGAUAUGAAUUGCCACUCAAGGAAUCUCCUAAGACUGCUUAUGCUGUUUUAUGUUCAUCUUCAUGCCAAUGAAAGUAUUUUUUAUUUAUACGUAUUUAUAAAAUAUUUAUUUAAAUUAUUUUAUUACUAUUCCCAAAGAAAAAAAAAGAACAAUAUUAAUAAUAAUUUGAAAAUGGUAUUGUUUGCCAUAACAACUAUAGUUUUAAGUUUAA